UGGGGUAGGUGUGUGUGAGCGGGGGAGGAGGGGAGUCGCACUAAAGAAGCACGCAGUGUUAUUGGACGACCAGGACGUGGGCGGAUGUACGGUGACGUUGCCCAUAGCGGGGAUUAACUUGUUUAUGUCGCCAUCUCUACAGCAAUUAUAACACCGGACAGCUAGAACACACGACAGCACAUAUACUUUAGGAAGAUAAUCAUAUCUUUCUUUGAAUUAAAUUAGACCGUAUACAAGUCUGUGUAGACGACAUUGCGCAAACAGAAGCGGGGGCUAUGUGUACAGUAGAGGCGCGCAGGUUGUGAAGGUGCACGAGGAUGAAGGCUGGGGAACGCAGGAUGGGGUUACUUGGUUGAUAACUUGUGAAUGAAAUGGGGGCCGAUGCUAGUAAAAGCAACAAGAGGCCCACCCUGGAGCAGGAGGACGGCCAGUGCUCCUCAGGCUGGCGGGGGUUCCUCUCCAGCGUGGGUCUGUCUCUCCCAGCAGGCCUGUGUCGCCUGGCCCCCUCAGCCCUGCGUCUGGGCCACCGCCGGAUGCUCCAGGACAAGGCCCCCUCCAUACCGGACCACGUGCUGGGCCUGGGGGCGGUGGGGCCUGACAGGCUGAGGGCCGAGUGGAGCCUGCCCGGCUUCGUCUCCAUGUUUCUGCCUGAGUUCCCCCACAGAACAGUGCCUGGGCACGAACACUUCCAGGUGCUGGGUUAUAUAGCCAAAGGCUCUUUUGGGCCCAUUCUGAAGGUUAAGGACAAAACCAAACAGAAAACCUAUGCCGUCAAAAUGAUUCCCAAGUCAGAGAUUCUAAGACUCGGAGUUCUGGAACAGUCAAAAGAGGAGGUGAUUGUGCAGCGUCAGGUGCAUCACCCAUUCGUCCAUGACCUCCAGGACUGCUGGCAGACACAGCGACACCUCUACAUUAUGUGUGACUACUGCAGCACGGGAGACCUGUACACAUACUGGGUGAUGAUUGGCCAGUUUGGAGAAGACACAGUGAGGGUUUUUGCAGCUGAGUUGGGCUGUGCUCUUGGUUUUCUCCAUGACUUUGGAAUCAUCCACAGAGAUGUAAAGAUGGAGAAUAUUUUGCUGACAGAGAACGGACACCUCCGUCUGGCAGACUUUGGCCUGUCCCGGCGCCUGGAGAGAGGAGGAAGAGCCUUCACCAUCUGUGGAACCAUCCAGUACAUGGCCCCAGAGGUGCUGAGUGGGGGACCCUACAGCCACGCAGCUGAUUGGUGGUCGCUGGGCAUCCUGCUCUUCUCAUUGGCUACUGGGAAGUUUCCGGUGCCUCCAGAGCCAGACCACUGCAGUAUGCUGAGGAGGGUGAGGUGUUUCCCCUACGAGAUGCCCCUCAGCUUCAGCCCCCCGCUGGCUCUGCUCCUAACAGAGCUGCUGUGUAAGACGCCAACCCGCCGCCUGAGGACCCUGGAGCGUUUUAAACGCCAGACCUUCUUCUUCGGUUCCACCUUCGACCUUGUCCUGCUUCAACGCCAACCUGUAGAGGUGAUCCUGGAGCUGAGGGAGAGACCAGACAGAGCAGCCAAAGCCCGACGAGGCCUCACUCUGUCUCUGCAGCCUCUCAAGGGCUUUGACUACGACGGCCUUCUCAGCCCCCCCGCCACGCCCGACACGCACCUGGACCCCGACGGGCACGCUCCCACGUGGGCCGACACCCCCCUUCCCGGCCCCCACUGGAGCACCCAGGAGCCAGCGCCCCAGGGGAACCUCCCAAAGAGGGAAGUGUUUGUGUGAGAAGACCGUCCGGACCCUUUGACUAUUAUCGCCUCACAGUGGCUUACAUGUGUGCAUGGCAUGACUCUCUCACUCUCGCACACAGACACACACUCACACCUUGUCCCAUUGAAGACUCUUUCCUACAUGCUGCCUGAGAUGUGUGUCUUCUCCAAUCAUGAGGAAUACAUAGAAUACACUGGAAGCUCUGAGCUCAGAUGUGUCUAAAAUUAGACCGGCAGAUCCUCAUUGACUGAAGAUAUACCAAAAUAAUGUUCUAUAUGCAGGCAACUGCAGCAUGACCCACCCAGAACCUCCCCUCACAGUGACUUCCUGUUUAUUUUCCCCGCCCCUUUGCGUCCAACCUCUUUUGCAGUGAAGAAAGCAUUGGCCAAUGAUUUAAAGGGGUGUGUGUUGCCCACACCUCUGAUAUCUACACACUCAAACACACAUAUUCAGGUUUUAACAAGGUAAUAUUGUUUACUUCCAGCGUGGAUUUUUUGGACCUAGGACUAGGGCUUUGGAUGAGCCAUACUGUAGCACCUCUAUGCACUUGCCUGACUGAUUAUUUUCUGAUUUUAUAAAAGACUGCCCUAAUGUGAACCCAGUAUGCCUAUUACACCUGAUCCCGGUCUUACUUAUAUGUCAUUAGAAUGCUUGUUUAUAAGAUUAUCUGUGGAAUUUAUUUAGAGUAUUUUGGAUGCAAUUCAGUUUGGAUCUGUGUUUUUAAGUGGCUAUUGCCAGAUGUUUAACUCAGUAUUUUUCUAAUUAUAUACUGGUAACUCAGAUGGAAAUAUUAAACUGUUUACACCUUAGAUCAAGUGUUGGUGUCACCUGUGUGUGUGUGUGUGUUCUCUGGAACAGGAUGUUCUCGGUAUUUAAAUGAGACUGCUGAUUUAUCGAUUUAAAGAAGCUAGAACUUUCCUUUCCGUUCCCUUACAUUAGAAUAAGAGAUAGGAGGGAAGGAUUGAGGAAGGAAGAGGUGGAGAUUUUAGGUGCGGAGGGGUAAUGCCAUGUCAUAAUGGUCUGUUUGCAGGGCAGGGGUUG